CGGCGCACCGAGGCGGAAGAGGGCGGGCGCCAACGUGUUGGGGCUGGCCGGGCCUGGCUGCGGGCGCGAGUCGGGGCUCCUGUCCGCGUCCUGCAACUCUACUCAGCCUUCCUCGGCUGCACUUGGGCCCCUUCGCCCUGCUCACCCUGCUCAGUGUCUCGGCUCCUCUAAGACCCGCUCUCACCCCCCCUCUUCCUUACGCAGUCCCCCUCCUCACCCCUGAGCCCUCUCAUCUCCCCUGAGCUCCCUUCAGCCGCCGCGGAGAUGGAUGACGAACCCGAGCGGACCAAGCGCUGGGAAGGAGGCUACGAAAGAACAUGGGAAAUUCUUAAGGAAGACGAAUCCGGGUCAUUGAAGGCAACUAUCGAGGACAUUCUCUUCAAGGCAAAGAGGAAAAGACUCUACGAACACCAUGGACAAGUUCGGCUUGGAAUGAUGCGUCACCUUUACGUGGUUGUUGAUGGAUCAAGAACGAUGGAGGACCAGGACUUAAAACCGAACAGACUUACUUGCACUCUGAAGUUACUGGAAUAUUUUGUUGAAGAGUACUUUGACCAGAAUCCUAUUAGUCAGAUUGGCUUAAUUGUAACCAAGAGUAAAAGAGCAGAAAAAAUGACAGAACUCUCAGGAAACUCAAAAAAGCAUGUAACUGCUCUGAAGAAAGCAGUGGAUAUGAGCUGCAGUGGAGAGCCUUCUCUAUAUAAUUCCCUAAAUUUGGCCAUGCAGACUUUAAAGCACAUGCCAGGUCAUACGAGCAGAGAGGUUUUGGUAGUCCUCAGCAGUCUGACAACAUGUGAUCCAGCCAACAUCUAUGAUCUAAUUAAGUGUUUAAAAGCAGUAAAGAUCAGAGUAUCUGUCAUUGGCCUAAGUGCUGAAGUUCGAGUUUGUACAGUACUUGCCCGAGAAACUGGUGGAACAUACCACGUGAUUUUGGAUGAAAGUCAUUAUAAGGAGCUGCUGAUGCACCAUGUCAGUCCUCCACCUGCCAGUUCAACUUCUGAGUGCUCCCUUAUUCGAAUGGGUUUUCCUCAGCAUACUAUUGCUUCUCUGUCUGAUCAAGAUGCAAAGCCAUCCUUUAGCAUGGCGCAAUUGGAAAAUAACAGUGACCCGGGUCUUACACUGGGUGGAUAUUUUUGUCCUCAGUGCAGAGCCAAGUACUGUGAGCUUCCUGUGGAAUGCAAAAUCUGUGGUCUUACGUUAGUGUCUGCACCUCACCUGGCUCGGUCUUACCAUCACUUGUUUCCUUUAGAUGCCUUUCAGGAAGUUCCACUGGAAGAAUACAAAGGGGAACGGUAUUGUCAAGGCUGCCAGGGAGAAAUGAAAGAUCAAAAUGUGUACAUAUGCAAAGUGUGUCAGAACGCAUUUUGUGUGGAAUGUGAUCUGUUUGUUCAUGAUUCACUGCACUGCUGUCCUGGCUGUAUUCAUGAGCACCCUGCUCCUACAUCUGUAUGAUCUCAUAUCUUAUGAAAAACUGCUGUAUCUUUGUCAUUCUUGCAUGAAUCUAAUUCGUUUAUUCAACCAUUGCUUCGUUCAUUCAACCAACUGACGCAUCUCUGAACAAGAUGAUUACAGAGGGAUGAACAGUGGAAUAGGAGCAAAUGUUAAUUUUGUUAUUAUUUUAUUAUUUUUAAUAUUUUAUUAUUUUAUUACUUUUAAUAAUACUUGAAUUAUCUGUAUCUGGUUUUUUUCUUGUCUAAAGAACUAUGGCUUUUUCCAUCUGUUAUUUAAUAACAUGUAUAUUUUUAACUGUGAAAGUGAUAAAACUGCUUUUUA